GCAGAACAGCAUCAUUUGCACCAUCACCAGCCAGUGAAACGACAGCUAAACAUUUUAUUGUUUCAUCAAACCUUUCACCUAUAUCUCCGACAGAUCGGGAAACAAGUCCAUCGCAUAAUAAUACACCCCAUACACAAAUUCCUGCAAAAAUAACUAUAACCUCAACGGUUGUCAUGGCUGCUUUGGUCAUCUUGAUGAUAUUCUUUGGCACCAAAUGGUAUCAUCUUCGGCGAAGAAACCAGAUUCUACUUAGAUCUCAAGCUGUUUUCACCUCUCAAGAGUACUUUACCUUAGACCCUGACAUGAUCCAAGAAGAAACCGGUCCUUUCCAAGACCUGGAACAACACACUAUUCGUUAUGCCGCAGAUGGUCCCAUUAAUCAUGUUUACAAUUCAAUUGGUGAUUUGCCAACGGAUGGUAUUGACAGACCAACUAGACUGGGAACCUUCACCGGGGCUCGUCGUGAUCUUAGUCUACCCCCUCUUCCGAUAAACGCUGAUCGAACCGACCUAGCGAUAACUUCUAAUGUUGACCGAAUGAUACCAGAGGAUUGCAGUGGUUUAUCUCUAGCAGAAGAUAUGGAUGGUGCCAUCCAAAGUCACGUUAUAAAAGCUAAUGGCGUGGCCCAAGAAACUACCAGUGGGAACAACUGCAGGAAGCCAAAUCAAAAGGUUGCAAUUGAAGGCCAUCAUUACCAAGCGUCUGAUGAUAAUUUGUACAUGGAGACGAGGACAGACGAGUGUCGGAUGAGCUUCGAGCACCCUGGGCAAGAAGAAGGAUGUCUGGCAUCUUCAUCAUCACGUCACAAUACAGUCUCUUCAAAUGAGGAGGGGAAGCAAAGUAAAACCAAUAAUAUAUUCGUUGAUGAAGAUGGUGGUUCUGGAGAAAUAAUGGUAGAUAACAUUUUAUAUAGACCAUGCACCUUCAAUAGUCGUUUAUGAAACGUAUAGAGGGGUUCAAACCUCGUAAGCCAGAAUGACAGUGCAUAUGGAACAAAUCUGUUUUCAUUGGACCCUAGGAAUCUCCAAAUAGUGGAGGGGUCAGCUUAGAGAGAGUGUAUUAACAUUGUCCAAAGUAGUAAACUUUUGUUUGACUAAUUAAGAAGUAUACUCAGUUUAUAAUCGCCACCUGAAUGUUGUCGACGAAAUAGGAGUCAACUUUCUCUGAAAAGUAAAAAAAAGAAAGAAAGAAAAAGAAGCCACUUGCUGAAAAAAAAGUUUUAUGAGAGUUUGAAGCGGGUUCAUUUUCACCCAAGGCCUACUUCGACUAUCCGAAAAAUGCCUAACUUUCUGUUGGUACCUUGUACGUGUUGUGACGCUUACGAGAAAGAACACUUAAAAACCCCCAAAAGGAAUGAUUUGGACCCUUUGGAUUUUGCUUCUGGAUUAUCAUCGCAUAAUAUGCCAGGUUUCCCCUAUACCACCUUUCGAGGUAGAGUGUGAUAUCAUUUAAGAACAUCUAGCAUGAGCUCGAAUUUAGAUUUUCUAUAUUUGCAGGAAGUGUAUGUCACGCUCACCCAGUCUGACAUGACAGGUUCCUAUAAAAACUCGCAGUUUGAUGUGAUGGAAAUAGAAAAAAAAUCUAGUUCUGAUUACACUUUCAUAUAAACAUGACCAAGAGGAAGUACGAGCGAAACAAACCUAUCAUCUUUGAAAAGAAUAAGCAUGCAAAUUACAAAGAGAUAAAAAGACAAGGUCAAAUGACACCAGGAUAUACAGGAAUUGAAGAAGUUUAUAUACAUAUAUAAACGUGUAAUAAAUACAAACGAUUGAUACAUAAUAUACAAUGAAAAAAAAAGUUGUAACAUGAUACCAAUCUUUAACAACAUUGCACGAUAUCUUAAGCAUGACAAGUAUUGAUUUCUUUAGUUGUGAUUUGCGCGAAUCAAUGGUUGCAUAUCGAAUAUCUACUUCUUUAUGACACAAUGGUGAAAUAUGCCAUUCAUCAAUGACAGUUCUUAUAGAAAUGUUGAAUUGUUUUUAUUCAGUGUAAUUAGGGGCGUAACACAGGCAGUGACAGGGUUAAGAGGGGACGAGAGUCAGCAAGUUCCCGGUCAGUGGUGUUAACAUGAAUCAUCCUGUGAUUGUGGCCGUAGCUUCUACUGCGAAGCUCU